GUACUAUGGGAGCAGGGGCUGACUGACCAUUUGGAAACUCGGGCUCUGCCCGAGGGCCCGGGGUCAGUAGGAGGCCCCAUGAGAUGCCCCUGGUACCUUUUUCAUAGGCUUUUUUGAGUUUGCACAAGGACAUAGGGGCCCCAUGAUCCCCUAUUGCGCGGGGGCCCCAUGAGUUGUCAGUCCACCCCUCCUUGUACUAGAAGGAAGGCACCUCUAUCCCUACGGUAAACCAUUGUAUCCAGGGCAGCCACCCCCCCCACCCCCCCUUGUC